CUUCGCAACGCACGCCACACGUGUUUUAUUUACUGCAUCUUUUUACAAAAAAAAAACCCAUCAAUAAUGUAUCUGAUGUACACAAUUAACGAAAACGGGGACCGCGUCUACACCCUGAAGAAACGCACUGAGGAUGGUCGUCCAACUCUGUCUGCUCAUCCAGCACGCUUUUCUCCAGAGGAUAAGUACUCCCGUCAGAGGAUCACCAUCAAGAAGCGCUUUGGACUCCUGCUCACCCAAAAACCGGAACCCAUUUACUAAGGGUUUCAUUUUAAUUAGUGUACAUCUUUAUUUACAAAUUAUAAGUUAAAAAAUAA